AACACCUUUGGGAUCUGUACUCGUCUUAGGCUGAUUAUACUGAUACCCCCGAUCACCGUCACUCAAUCUACCUCUGCGAUGAUCCUUGGUUGCAAAUGAAUGCUCCGAGGGGCUUCUGACUGAAUCAUCAAGCAAAGAUUGAUCAAGAGGGGAUUCACUGGCACUCUUUAUGGUCGGUGUCUAAAUUUCUGGAAAAGGGAGGGAAAUGCACACUCCCCACUUACUUAGCCCGGGCAGAAGGCUCCAUGUAGGCAGCUUCAGCCCGGCUACAAGCCUGACCGAAGACCUGCCUCAUGGAGUCGAUGCAGAUAUUCUAUUGCUGGGUUGCGGUGAUGUCCGUCAUAUUCUGUACACUUCCUUUUUCGAGCAAGGACUUCCGGAACGCAAGCUCGAUAUCACCGCUUGUGACACUGAUGAACAUUUGAUUGCGCGGAAUGUACUGUUCCUCACGCUCGUCCUAGAUGACGACGAGAAUGUCUCGGCACAGCAGCUAUGGAACAUCUACUACAACUUUUACCUCAGCGAACCUGAGAUGUUGCUGGUUUGCAACCAGGCCAAGAAACUCGUUGGGUUUUCUCAGUCCCUUCGUGACUGGCAUGCAAGCUGCUAUGGACCCACGGUGCGCUUCUGCGACGAGGCCACGCUCUCGCUGGUGCGUGAAAUCUGGGUCGAGUAUGCUGUGUCGGCCCGCUUUAGCACUCCUCAGGACAAUUCAUAUCGGGAACGCUUCCAGUCCAACCUAUCCAGGGCAAGGCUGAGUAUUCAGACCUUAUUUACAGAACACACCUCCAAGCUGCAUGUUUCAUGGUCAUGCGCCCCGUUGGCCAUGCACAUUGCCAACGAGCUAGCCUCGACUACUAUUCAGCACUGGUCUACGGGCCUAACCGGCUCUGUACCCCUUCCCGAUCCCAGCAAGAAUGAGACACCUAUGACUCCGAACCCCAUAUUCGCGGUCCCUCUCAUGGAGCCUUUGUCCCUUAAGUACCCGACAAAUCCGCUCCUCAGUUUCCAUCUUGCCGCCGCUCACGCCAAACUGACCGAGCUAUCCCCACUUCGGCUGGAGGAAGAGGGGCAGGACAAUGUCAGGAAGCAGGACAGGCUGCUUGAAACGGCUCUCAUGCAGUUCGAUGAGUGGAUAGAGGCCUUCACAGCUGGUGCCCCAACAAUCACUAUCCGCUUUACGGUAUCCGACUGCUUUGCCUUCUGCUAUACCCUCCGGUACAACUUGGAGACCGGCGAAACGUGUGCCCAAUGGUACCGUCGGAAGUAUGGCUUUGAUGUCCUGCAGCUUGCCGACUCGGAGUAUGGUGGGAAUGGCAAAGCACCCAAGCGGUUCGAUGUCAUCGACACUUCGAACCUCUCGGAUGACACCACCAUCUUGGACCUGCUGGUCUCAGCCGCUCCUUUGUUAAAGGAAGCGCCGUACUCCACGCUGUACACGAAAGGCAUCCAACACGAAGAUGUCAAGCACCCUAGGGCCGACGAUCUCUUUACCCGUAUGCUUUGUCAUGAUACCACCGCUUGUUCAAUCUUGCUAGGGCUGGUUCCUGCAGAGUAUUGGACCAACUCCAAGGCUGUUUCAAGAGCCGACGAAGAGUUGAUGGCCUGGUCCGAUAAGAGCGCGACGAUAGGAACGAACAGCUCAACCUUUGGCUCCCGCUUUGCUUGGAAGCAGAUGAAGCACAUGGGAGAACAGCAUCCGCAACCCGCCAAGCUUCGUGCCACAUUCGAUGGUCUGAUCGAUAUGGCGCAGAGAUACUUCGACGAGAUGUUCCCUAUCAGCGCGAACUUGCAUGAGCUUCAAAGGCCGGCACGGCUGCGGCACACCACAGAGACUGUGGCUGCCUUCCUCAAUACUAUUUGGGACGAAGCCGGUGUAGAUUUGGCCAAGCUCCGCGAACGGUUCGUGGGGCGCGACUGGAUCUUCAUGGGGCCUUACGGGGAACUUGGUGUCACGUUUCAGGCUCACCUCCAGGCGUUCAUGCUCGAAUCGCCAACCAUCCCAGUCAACCUGUCGGUAUUUGAGGGCUCAGAUGAGAGCAAGAAUAAGUUCCGGGCUCCCUUUACUUACUGGACUAGCCCCCCACGGAUGGUUGCCGUCACCGUCGUCGUACCGAGGGAACAUUGGCAGACGCUAGUCACGGGAAUUUCUGACGACGACUUCGAAACAUCGCUCGGCGCCAUGCUUGUAGGUCACAUACGGAUCGUCACUGACAGGAUGGUGUCAGUGCUACACGACAAUAUCCAGAUUUCCUUCGGCUCUGUCGAGACAGAGGGCGCCCGCAAUCAAGACAGCUUUACUGUCCGAGUACUGGAAGACAAGGCUGGUUGGAAUGGAACUUCCUCCAUGAUCAUUUCCUUCUAUUCUCCGACAGAAAUUGCCCAGAAGAUGUACAGCCGAGGAACCCUCGGGCUGAGCAGGUUGGCCGUUUUCCCCGAUAACGAGGAGCAGGAAACAGCGACUAUCCUGCCCGACCACUUCUUCGAUGCUGCGUGUUUCAACGAGGAACUGGUCUUUUUCACGAAGCACUUACCAAACCAAACCGGUCAUAGCGUCACUGAGGGUAUGUUGCGAGGUCUACAGAAGUCCAGGAGCUUGGGUGAAAGCAUCACGUCGUCAGAGUCAACCUUUACUCUGGACCUUGAAAACAGCAGGGAGAUACCCACGAUCACAGGUCGCCUCAACAUCACUUCAGAGCAAGGCAAACAGCUGCUGGCUGAGAAGGCGAAGAUCCAACUGCGGCAGUCGUCCCCUUUCACUAUCGCCGUCAUUUUCGGCGAGCAAGUUCUGGUCCUGCCUUUGACCUUCCCGGUCCCCGUCCUCGAAGAUGGGAUCAGAAGCCGCAUUGCACGGACAUCUGGCUGGAUAGAGCUCAUUGCGCCGCUCGCGAAGCCAAGCACACUGCCGCGCGUUCUUGACGACCACAUGUUCCCCACGGCCCUUAUCGAACCCUCCAAGAUCCCAGCUACCCUCAACAUGCCCCACAUCAAUCUCGAUAUCCUCCCCAUCUUAGCCGUCGACGACAAGUCGCGCAUGCGCUUCCUGACGACUCUCGCAUCGUUGCAAUUCUCCUCCCACGAGCGUCGCCAGCGAGAGAGAGUCCAGACCCAGGCGGAGGCCAACAGCACCAAACCCGCGGGCCUGUCCUCCUCGGCCCGCCUCAACUUCAAAGAAUCCCUCUUCACCAUCUUCAUGCUCGCCACCGGCCUGCAGGGCGGCCAGACCGGCCUCUUCGCGCUCACCCACCCGCAGCGCGGCGGGAUCCACAUGCUGCUGUUCGUGAGCGCCGUGCGGCUGGACGGCGCCCACGGCAGCGUCGCGCUCGAUGCGGCCGUCCUGCCCCUGACCAAGGAGCUAGUCGAGUCGAAGGAGCUCGAGUCAUUCCUGCUGAUCCUGCGCACGCUGGAAUGCUGCACGCUGACAGUGGACGACGCCGAGCUGCGCCUGUGGAAGAAGUGCCUGCCCGCGCUGGCCGAGCGGUGCAGGACGUGGAAUCACGACCCGGCGACUUGUGAGUACGCCACCCAGGGGCGCGUGCCGCUGAGCUUGGAGGAUGGCAAGCAAGUGCUAUGCAGCUGCGGGCAGGGCCAACUGCCAGACGAGUUCAUCCCGCUGCCGGACUGGGAGACCGCGGCGAAGUAUGUCACGCGCGUCGCCAUCAGCCCCGUGUUUGCGUCGCGCUUGGUCGAGGAGCUGAUCGACCCGGCGCUGGCCAAAGCUGUGGCCAGCGGCGAGGCGUGGAAAGAAGGGGAGGAGAUGAAGGCGUGCAGGAACUGCGGCAAGACCGAGGAGACGGAAGGGGUGAGGCUGAAGAAGUGCCUGCGAUGCUUGGAGGUGGUCUACUGCUCGAGCGAGUGCCAGAAAAAGGAUUGGAAGAAGCACCGGAUGGAGUGCAAGGAGUCGGAGCUACAUCAUCAGGGCAGCGCUCAGGGUAAGAAGUGAGGGCCGAGGAAGGUUUGACUCUUCCUUCGCUCCCUGGAGGGAAGGAGUCAGUACCGGGCAUACGGCUCUGAUUUGUUGCUGGCUACCAAUGUGUUGAAUACGAUAUGUGGGGGUAUCAAUCCAUUCGUUCUCUAGUAGCUAUGGAUGUCGUUCGGUUGGAACGACUCUGUCCCUUUGUGAAGCUUGCUUGACUGUACCGCCCACAAGCUCCUCUCUGAGGCUAGUGAUGACGAAGCAGCUUUGGGUGUAGGUAGAACCAUCCUAGGUAUCCAGGCCCACCGAGACUCUUGG